AUGCAAAUCAGCUGUCAGAGUCGUUCAAUCAACCGUCGUGUUUCGCGCGAGCAAGUCUCUGACGACCCUCAGUUCUCUGACGAGGUUGACGUCGAAGAAACGCAUGAACGAACUGUCGACGUGGACGUUUCACUGAAACCUCAGCUUUCUUACCGGCUGGCGGUCGACCGACGGUUCAAAAUGCACCAGGACGCAGAGCUGAUGCUCAACUAG